AUGGGGAAGAACGGGCAAGGGGCGGAGCACCACGGGAGCGAGUUCACCGCCAAGGACUACACGGAUCCGCCGCCGGUGCCCCUCGUUGACGUCGAGGAGCUGGGGAAGUGGUCCUUCUAUCGGGCCCUCAUCGCCGAGUUCAUUGCGACGCUCCUCUUCCUCUACGUCACCGUCGCCACCGUCAUCGGCCACAAGGCGUCCACCGACCCGAACAAGGUCUCCACCGAGGUGGUGAGCUGCGGCGGCGUCGGCAUCCUCGGCAUCGCCUGGGCCUUCGGUGGCAUGAUCUUCAUCCUCGUCUACUGCACCGCCGGCAUCUCCGGUAACUAUUAAGCCCGCCAAUCAUCUCUACGAUCCAUGCUGUGACAUUCUCUCCGCUCCCUCUCUCUCUUUCCAACACUCUCUCCCUCCCCGGCACCGGCGCUGAGUUCAUUCACUUGUGUGUUCCGGCGAGCGCAGGCGGGCACAUCAACCCGGCGGUCACCUUCGGGCUGUUCCUCGCGAGGAAGGUGUCGCUGGUGCGGGCGGUGCUCUACAUGGGGGCACAGAGCCUGGGAGCCAUCUGUGGGGUGGCCCUCGUCAAGAGCUUCCAGAAGGCCUAUUUCAACCGUUACGGGGGCGGUGCGAACUCGCUCGCCGAGGGCUACUCCAGGGGGACGGGUCUGGCGGCGGAGAUCAUCGGCACCUUCGUCCUCGUCUACACCGUCUUCUCCGCGACAGACCCCAAGCGCAAUGCCCGGGACUCCCACGUCCCUGUAAGAUCUUCGCCACCCUUCUCUGCUAUAUUCUACUGACUGAUCCGUCGACGGUUCAGGGUUCUUCCUCUUUUCUUCUGUGGAGUGGAGUUGGUUGAUAAUGGUGGUGACUUUUGGUCUAGGUUUUGGCCCCCCUGCCCAUUGGGUUCGCCGUCUUCAUGGUGCACCUCGCCACCAUCCCCAUCACCGGCACUGGCAUCAACCCGGCCAGGAGCCUCGGCUCCGCCGUCGUCUUCAACCAGGAGAGGAUCUGGAACGAUCAGGUGCGUUGCAGAUGAUUCAGAUUACUCGAGAACUGCGUAGCCACGAAGAUUUCCGGCGGAGCCGUCCUCUGUUCUCUUAUGAUAUCUGCUUCUGAAUAUCCACUCCCCUUGGACGCAGUGGAUCUUUUGGGUGGGGCCGUUCAUAGGCGCCGCCAUCGCCGCCGGCUAUCACCAGUACAUCCUCCGGGCGGGGGCCGUCAAGGCGCUGGGGUCCUUCCGGAGUGGAUCCCACGUCUGA